AGUCACCAAUGCCUGAAUUAAAAGUAGAAGACGAGGAUGAAUUUGAAGAGGCAGAAGAUUACAAUGAUGACCAGGAUUUUGAAGAGGUCACUAUAGACAAUCAAGAGUACGAUGAAUUUGUUGAAUUUGAUGUUAGCGAAAGAGAAAU